AUGUUGAGGAUUCCUCGAAUAGCAGCAGUUUAUCGAAUAAUCCCUCGAAAUCACUCGAAGGUCUUGGUUUCGGUUCGAUGCAUCUCGGUCGGAGACGUCUUCGGCAAGGUUGAUGUCUCGGUAAGUCUUCGAAUUUGUGUUUUCGCCUUUUUAGAUUCAUGAUGCUUGGCCGCUUUUUUCUAGGCCUUGAAUUUUUGUCAGUUAUACGAUAUCUGCGCCAUGUGUAAUAUAAUUGUUUGCAGAAAAUCGCAGAUCUCCCACCGAUCCCAACUCCACCUCCUCCAAGGCCCUCGCUGACGGAGCUUCUUGAGGCCAAACAGAGUAUUCUCAACGAAUUAGGGUUGUUUACAUGGUAUACACCUUCAAGUUACUUCCGAUAUGCUCUUGAGUUUAUGCACAAUAAUCUGGAGAUUCCAUGGUGGGCAACGUUGAUGCUGAGUGAGUAAACAGCGUGUUAUCUCUUUUUGUUCAAGUUUUUAGGUUUUAAAUCAGCUAAUUUUUACUUUUCUAGCAACGCUGGCCUUGAGGUUGAUCUUGGUGAAGGUAGUGGUGUUAUCGCAGAAAAAUGUUGCCAUUCAAAGUCAUUAUCGCAAGGAGAUGGGAGAAUUCCAAGAAAGGCUACAGCAAGCAAAGGCCGAAGCCAACAAUUUGCUUAGUAAGUGUUUUACAAGUAUUUCUUUGGAAUUUUAGGCAUUAUCAUGAACAAUAUCGAUUGAAUCGCAAUUCUUACUGCUUUGAUUUCAAUCAGAAAAAUUUGAAUAACAAGUAUAUGUUCCAGUGCAACAAGUAAUGGUUGAGCAGCGCGAUUUCCUUCGCUCGAAAGACAUCAAAAUCGGUCGGCAAAUGAUGAUCCUUUUGGCCAAUGGAGCUGUUUUCAUGACCCAAUUCUUUGCUGUCCGAAAGAUGGCCAAUACUCCAUAUCCCGGAUUCAAUACUGGUGGGACUCUUUGGUUCCCAGAUUUGACCAUCCCUGACCCAUAUUACGCUCUCCCCAUCAUCUCGGCUCUUUCGAUGGCCGCCGUCCUCAAAGUCGGUAUUGAAUCUGGUCAAACCUCGGAUCAAAUGGGCCCAGCAAUGAAGUAUGGAAUGCAAUAUGGUCUCCCAUUAGUAGUACUUGUAUCCAGCUCUCAAUUCCCGGCUGCUUUGUGUGUUUAUUGGUGCACCUCCAACGUGAUUUCGUUGGCCUACGCGGGAUUGUUCAGAUUACAGCCCGUCCGGAAUUUCUUUAACAUCCCAAAGUUCAUUCCCGUCCCGAAAAACAGUCAGAAAGGGAUCAAGAACGUCUGGAAGGACUAUCGAUGUAAGGAUUUUGGUUUUUUUGGAAGCUUCCUAUCAUGUGUAAUAUAAAAACUAUUACAUAUUUCAUCUAUUAGCAUUCCUAUGCAAGAUUUGUUACUUUCUGACGAGUUAAGCUCUAUUCACUUCAUUUCAGCGGCGAAAGCAGCACCGCCAAGCCUGGAAGACCUCCGAAAGAAGGACCAACUCCAAUUCAAACGUGCCGGACGUGCUCAACCUGUCGAAAAGGUGGAAAAUCAGUAG